UCAUUUUACCGUACAUGUUUUCCUGCACACAGAUCAGAUAACUCAUCUCAGCCAAUAAGGAACCAGCCAAUAUUUCAACUUUUCUUUCUUGCACUGAAGAAUGUUAAAACCUUUGUUCUUAAUAGGUUGGUUCUGUUUGUACAUGUCACUUCAUCGUCACCUUUCUUUCUUUUAGUGAGCAGAAAUAGAGAUGUGACAUAAGAGGGUGUUGCAAUAGUUUUUACUGGUCCAAUACAAACCUUGUUUACACCCAUGUGCCACAUGGAGGCACCUUGAAGUCUUGAACCUUUCAGUUUUCUCUCUUGAGCAGUAUUUUGUCAAACAGGAUUGAACAAGUCACGCCUACACCUGGAUUAAAAUUAUCUACCAUGCUUUUAGCUCCUUUAUUUGAGCUCAACAUCCUAAUGAAUAACUUCACUGUUUUGCUUUCUUAAGACACCUUAGGAGGAUCACCAGGUCAGAAGUGGCUGCCUUUAAUGGGGGUUUUGACUUUCUAACUUUCUGCAUUUAUUUUGAUCUAUUUGGAUUUCCCCCCACAAAUCUUCAGUUUGGUAAGUAACAUUCUUCAUGUGUGGUCUAUUGAUUCUUAUGUAGACAUUUAGAUCUGACUUGCUUUCACUUUUUUUUAGUUCAUUGGAAGUGAGUCGUAAAUGAAACCAUCAUGAGAUCAAAUAAAGGACUCAUGAUUAUCAUUUUCAUGUUGGGAUGUACCUUUUUUAUCACUUUGACAACUCAUGGAUGGGAUUUUUACCAGCAAAAUAUAGCACUGAGGUCUACAAAAAAACAAGACUUAAGAAAGGAUCUUCUGAGAAAAUACUGUGCUGGUGUGAACCAAAGUUUGGAUGAUUUGAAGGACACAGACUUGAAAAAUUUUAUUGUGGAUGACAAACACGGCAUCAUCUACUGUUAUAUUCCUAAGGUGGCAUGUACCAACUGGAAGAGGACCUUGAUCGCUUUAAACUACAGUGAACCAUAUCCUGACCCUACGUCCUUUGAGCAUAACUGGGUUCACGAUUCUGAGAGGUUCCAGUACCUAAAUGACUUUCCAAAGGCAGAGAGAGAGGCAAAACUAAAGCACUACACCAAGUUCCUGUUUGUCCGUGAUCCAUUUGUGCGCCUCAUCUCUGCCUACAGGGACAAGAUGCUGAAUUACAACCAGUAUUUUUAUGAAGGCUAUGUGAGACUUAUCUUGCUACUUUAUAAAAAACAGACUAAAAUGACUUAUAAUCACAAGGUAGCCAAGAAAGAGGGUCUCCAGCCUUCAUUCUAUGAAUUCAUUCAGUACAUACUGGACCCACGAACAGAAAAAAAAGAACCAUUUGAGCCCCACUGGAGGCAGAUGUAUCGCCUGUGCCACCCCUGCCUCAUUGAAUAUGACUUUGUUGGCCAUCAAGAGAGUCUUCAAGAAGAUGCUCAGGAGCUGCUGAAGAUGUUAAAACUGGAAGAUGAUAUUAAGUUUCCUCCUUCAUAUGAAAAUAUGACUUCUGGUAAUUCUGUUAUGGACUGGUAUCAAAGUGUACCACUGGAAGACAGGAGGAAGCUGUACAGAAUCUAUGAAGAAGAUUUUUUACUCUUUGGCUACAGAAGGCCAACUGAACUGCUGGAUGACUGAGCUGAUGUCAGAGCAUUUACGGUGCUCAGUCACUUUAAUAUUUAAACUGCCUCCAAGUAUUCAGUAGUAACACGUAACCCUUGUGCUAUCCUAGGCACUUUAAUGUUGGAAGUUGGGUGUUCUAGACCCACUAGACAGU